AUGGAGGCCUCAUCACCGUUAGCUGCCAUUCGGCAGAGCUCUUUCAUGCCAUCUUGGGGCAUGGGCGGCGACCUGUACACAUCCCACCCCCACGCACACCUAUCUAAUAGCGGAUUUGGCCCGGGGGCCUUCAACUUCCGUGAUCUCAGCAUGAAGCGGUCGAGCAGCUCCUACUCGGGCAAGUCAGACUACUUCCAGAUCAAGCCUGUUCGUGGAUCGUCCCCCACAGCCAGUCUGGCGGCAGACCUAUCCCAGAACUUUCACAUCGACAUGAGUCCUCAACUACCGACCCCCCGCAGAUCCCUCUUUACAUCUAAUCUUUUUGGUACCAUUGAUGGACGGGAAAGUGUCACGACUCCUCCCCUGCCCUCGUCUUCCCCGGCGGGACUCAACGAAAGAAUGGACAUCUCGCCCUUGCCGCACAAGCAGCCAUACUUCGCCCAGAUUGACAUGCGAUCACCGACUCCAGGCCACACCAACGAAGUUAUGCUGGCUUCCUCGCCUCCCCGUCCAGAGUUCUUGAACGCCCCGAGACCAACCGCACUUGAGCGAAAGAAGUCUCUCCUUGUUCGACCCUCCCUGAUCAGAGCAAAAGGCCACUCGACAGGCUGCGUCCCUCGCAAACCUGAGAGCCACCUGCCCCCCUUCCGCUUUGGUGCUGGAAGCAGCAAGUUGUCGACCUCGACUUCAAUGUCCCUCGGAGAGUGCUUUAUGGAAUCUCCCCCGCAAGAACGAAGACCACAGUCGGCUAACACUCCUUCGGUAUCGAACAUGGGACCUCCUCGUUUGAGCAAACCUUUCGGCAGCAUGAAUGGGCUUUCGAUUCGAAACGGCUCCCCUAUCGGCAAUCACUCUAGAAGACCUUCCAACCCGUUAAUUCGGCCGAGGAAGCAAUUCCGUCGAUCGUUGAGCAUGUUUGAGCACCCAGGAGAUGUGAUGAAGGCCAAGAAGGAUGAGCUUCCCUCGAGCAACCUGCACACCGUGAUGGAUGUCGACGAGCUGCAUCAACCGGCUUUGCCACAUUUCUUUCAAGAGGGUCAGCCAGAUAGCAUUCCUCGGAUCACCAAGGAGACGCUGCUGGAGGUCUUGGAUGGGAGCUUCGACAGCAGCUUCGAUCAACGUAUGAUCGUGGACUGCCGCUUCGAGUACGAGUUCGAGGGGGGACACAUUGACGGUGCGGUCAACUACAACGAUAAGGAACUCCUUACCAGCCAGCUUUUCGAGCAAGCCCUCCCGGGCAAAACUUUACUUAUCUUCCACUGCGAGUACUCUGCUCACCGAGCUCCCAUCAUGGCGCGUCACGUGAGGAAACAGGAUCGCUCUACUAAUGCCGAACACUACCCCAAACUCACCUACCCUGAAGUGUACAUCCUUGAUGGUGGAUACAGUACUUUUUUUUCAUCACACGCAAGCCGAUGCUUCCCGCAGAACUACGUGGAGAUGGACGCCAAGGAGCACGCGUACACCUGCGAGCGGGAAAUGGGCAGACUGCGCCAGAACAGAACCAAGUUGGGACGAGCACAGACAUUUGCUUUUGGACAACAGAUAGACGACAGCCCGACUGCUCCGAAUCGAUCCCGGAACAACGCCGGUGGAGACCUGACCAUGUCAGGAAUGAGUUCAUCCCCGAGUAUGUUUGACUCUCCCUGCAUGCUGAGCCACGAUCGGAGCCAUUCGCGACGCAUGGUAUCAUACUAA